AUGCAUCGGUCGACGAGCGCGGGAGCCAUGUCGACCAUGGCGACUGGCGGUGGGGCCAUGGCGAGGCCCCGCAAGGAGCGGAAAGUCACGUUCGUCGUGCGCGAUUCGGAUGAUACCACACACUGUGCUGGCGUGAAUAGUGUCUGCCUCGCCCCUCCUGCCGCGUCAGCAUGGUACCUGCACCAGCAGGGGCCCAGAUCCCCCCACUCUCACCCACACUCGCAUUCCCAGAGCCACAGUAGAAGCAGCAAUGAUGGUGACUAUAGCGAGGAGGCUUGUAUCGAGGAUGUAGUGUUCACGGGGAGCCGUGACGGAACGAUAAAGCGGUGGAGGGUUCCAGUAGGCUCGGCGGGCUCCGGAGCAGCAGAGGAGGAUCGGUACGGGAGAGGGAAUGGAGGUGCGGUAACCCCAAGAGGAGUGUAUGAGACGACUUUCGAGUCGCAUACAGACUGGGUGAACGACGUGGUGUUGGUGGGGGCGGACACGCUUGUCUCAUGCUCUUCUGAUGGAUCCCUCAAGACGUGGAAGGCGUUUUCCCCAAGGGGCGAGUGCACCGACACCCUGCGGCACCACAGCGACUACGUCAUCGCUCUCGCUGCCGCCCGUGAUGUCCCUCUAGUGGCAUCAGCUGGUCUCGGUUCAGAGCUGUUCAUCUGGGACUUAGCAGCAGCACAGCCUCUCACCUGGUCAGGGGGUUCCCUCCCCCCUACCUCCUCCUCUUCCCCCUCUUCCUCCUCCUCCUCCGCCCCCGCUGCUCCCACGUCUAACGCGUCCCCUGCUGCUCCUGCUGCUGCUUCUGGCCUAGGGGGAGGCGGUGCAGGCUCAGGAGCAGGGGGCGCAGGAGGAGCAGGAGUGGCAGGGGGAGCAGGGGGGGCGGGGGGAGCAGGGGGGGCAGGGGGAGGAGCAGCAGCAGGGCCGGUAGUGGGGGUAUAUUCUCCAGUGCCGGCCAAAGGGCAUAAGGACUCGGUGUAUUCGGUUGCGAUGAACAGUGCCGGCAGUGUGGUGGUUUCGGGCGGCACAGAGAAGGUGGUGCGCGUGUGGGACCCUCGCACUGGGACCAAGCAGAUGAAGCUAAAGGGACAUACGGAGAACAUUAGAGCUCUUGCUAUCGACCCCACUGGCAGGUUCUGCUUGUCCGGCUCCUCCGACUCCAUCAUCCGGUUGUGGGACCUGGGGCAGCAGCGCUGUGUGCACUCCUACGCGGUGCAUACGGACUCGGUGUGGGCUGUGGCAGCCAAUGAGGAGUUCACACGUGUCUACAGCGGGGGCAGGGAUGCAUGCGUCUACGUCACCGAUCUUGCCACGCGAGAAAGCAUCCUAUUGGCCAAGGAGGAUCGCCCUGUGCUCCACCUGGCGUUACAGCCUGGCGGGGAGAGAGGAGGAAAGGGGAGAGGAGGAAGGGAGGAAAGAAGAGAAGGGGAGAGGAUGGGAGGAGUGAUAAAGAGACGUCCUGACCUCUCUGCCAGCUCUUUCAUCGCCAGCAGCCUUGGGGUGUCUCGUGCGCGAGCUAGCGUGGAAAGCUCUUUCUCUCUGGUGAGUGAAGCGCACACCAAUCUCCUCUCCACCCUCCACCGGGUUCCCCUAUUCCCCCAUCCUAUCGCCACCAUCCCCGGCACCGCACCCAUCACACGCCACACCAUAUUGAACGAUAGACGGCACGUGCUCACACGGGAUGAGGGAGGUGUUGUGAAGCUAUGGGAGAUCACCCGGGGUGCUGUUGUUGCCAACUACGGUGUGGUGUCAUUUGAAGAAAAGGAAAAGGAACUCUUUGAGAUGAUCAGCGUGAGCCCGUGGUUCACAGUGGACCUCCGCUUUGGCUGCCUCUCAGUGCACCUGGAGUGCCCGCAGUGCUUCUCUGCUGAGAUCUAUGCCACAGACUUAGACGUCCCGGGGGCGUCUGAGGACCUCAAGUGCUUCUCUGCUGAGAUCUAUGCCACUGACCUAGACGUACCAGGAGCAUCUGAAGACCUCAAGAUCUACGCCACUGACCUUGAUGUGCUGGGGGCGUCUGAAGACCUCAAGUGCUUCUCUGCUGAGAUCUACGCCACUGACCUUGAUGUGCUGGGGGCGUCUGAAGACCUCAAGGUGAGGGGAGGGAGUGCUGUGUUUCGGCCCGUGGCGGCGCAGGGUUGUGACUCUAGCAGCGGACGGGGCGGGGUGGGAGGAAGCGAGGCUGCUGCUGCCGGGGUGGUGUGCCGACUGCACCCCUCACAUUCAGACCCCUCACAUUCAGACCCCUCACAUUCAGACCCCUCACAUUCAGACCCCUCACAUUCAGACCCCUCACAUUCAGACCCCUCACAUUCAGACCCCUCACAUUCAGACCCCUCACAUUCAGACCCCUCACAUUCAGACCCCUCACAUUCAGACCCCUCACAUUCAGACCCCUCACAUUCAGACCCCUCACAUUCAGACCCCUCACAUUCAGACCCCUCACAUUCAGACCCCUCACAUUCAGACCCCUCACAUUCAGACCCCUCACAUUCAGACCCCUCACAUUCAGACCCCUCACAUUCAGACCCCUCACAUUCAGACCCCUCACAUUCAGACCCCUCACAUUCAGACCCCUCACAUUCAGACCCCUCACAUUCAGACCCCUCACAUUCAGACCCCUCACAUUCAGACCCCUCACAUUCAGACCCCUCACAUUCAGACCCCUCACAUUCAGACCCCUCACAUUCAGACCCCUCACAUUCAGACCCCUCACAUUCAGACCCCUCACAUUCAGACCCCUCACAUUCAGACCCCUCACAUUCAGACCCCUCACAUUCAGACCCCUCACAUUCAGACCCCUCACAUUCAGACCCCUCACAUUCAGACCCCUCACAUUCAGACCCCUCACAUUCAGACCCCUCACAUUCAGACCCCUCACAUUCAGACCCCUCACAUUCAGACCCCUCACAUUCAGACCCCUCUUUCCCUCCCCAUCCCUUCCCCCUCUCAUCCACAGGUGCAGCUUCUACUGGCACCCAUUGGAUGGCUCGCAGCCAUGAGAUGAGACCUUCAGAACUCACCUCCCCUUCCCUCUCUUUUGCUUCUCCAUCCCCUACUCUUCCUUCCCAUUUGUGCAGUUUCUACCUGCAACCCCUGGAUGGCUCACAACAGCUACAGCCUCUGAUACAGAAUAAGCUGAGCGCUCCCAAUAUCCCCUUUUUGCUUCCCCUAUCCCCCAACCCUCCCCCUUUUUGCUUUUACCUGCAGCCGCUGGAUGGGUCGCAGUGCAGCUUCUACCUGCAACCCCUGGAUGGCUCACAGCUGCGGCCGCUGACACAGAACAAGCUGAGCGCUCCCAAGAUUCUCAAAAUCCUCAAGGUGAUGAGCUAUGUGCGGGAGAAGCUGGGAUUGGAUGACUUGCAAGAGGAAGAGGAGGAGAGCGGAGGGGGGAUGAAGGGGAGAGCAGAUGGGCCAGUAGGACCCCUGGCCCCUCCUGUGGUGGUUGAGAUUUUCUGCAAUAAUCAGUGCCCCCAUUCUCUGACACAGACGCUAGUCAUGGCUUCCGCUCUCGCCGCGUCGUCGCUGUCGUCCCGCAUUUCCACCAGUCUAGCGUCGACGCUUCCUAGACACGUCAGCAGCAGCCGCGUCUCGCGGCUCGUCGUCAGAGCGUCCAGCGAUGACGAGGAAUUCGAGGCUCGUCUGGAGCGCCUAAGGCGGAAAAACGCGAGCGGGACGGGGAAAAAGGCGGAGGAGCGGAAAGCCAAGGCCAGCGGAGACGCUCCGCCUGCUCCUUCCACGUCAUCCGCUUCCUCCACGUCAGACGCCACGUCAGCAGCGGCAGAAGCAGCUAAAAUCGCCGAGCUCCUGCCUCCUCUUCCACUGAAAGACCCCAUGUCCGACGGGUUACCAGUUUUGCUCGGAUUUUCUUCGUACACGGAGAGAUUGAGCGGACGGCUCGCAGCCAUUGGAUUGGCUGCUCUUGUCUCGGUGGAGCUCGCAUCUGGAUCGUCCAUUUUGGAGUACCACGACGGCGCGACGCUCGCGGUGCAGGUGUAUUUUCUCCUAGGGCUUGGCGCGCUCUACGUGAAGUACGAGAAGGACAAGUCGAGCGUUCUGCCGAAGUAG